AUGGCGGACUCUGCUGCGCCUGCCGCCAAGCGUCAAAGGACGGGAGAUGACGAUGGUGGUGAUACCGUUGGCCGCCUCGUCUUCCAGCGUCGGUGGGAAGGUGCUAUCGAGCGGGUUAAGAAGUUCCCAGAAGAAGCCAACCCCACCACAGACCCGACCCCGUUAGCCCUGGCUUGUCGGCUCGGCGCUCCGGCCAAGUGUGUCAAGGCGAUUCUGAAUGCUUGCCCGGAUAAACUUCGUCACUUUGUCGACUCACGAGGCACUCCACUCCAUGAAGCCAUUGUAUGUGAACAUGUCGGUGCAGAUGUAAUUGGUACCUUGUUGGAAGCCGACGAAGCCCUGGGGACAAAAACGGUCAGGGCUGCCUUACUACAAGACAUUGAUGGAUUCACACCUCUUCAUAUACUCAUUCGAAGGAGGUUCCAGUCGCACAUUCUUACAGACGAUGGUCUGAUUCAGAUACUUGAAAUGCUCGUCAAGAGCUGUGCCAAAGCAGUUGUGGUCCCUGACCGAGGAGAGUACGAGGAACCGCCCAUUGUCUAUGCUCUCAAGGCAAAUCUAUACGCUCCCCUAUUGGGAUCUGAAGACGCUACCACGGCACGGGUGGAAAGGAGAAUCUACGAAAUGGUGGCCUGCAUGCUUCAACAUUAUCCAGAUGCCGCAUGCUGUGUGUUUGCAGGCUACAGAGGACAGUAUACGGCAAUUCACUCUGCCGUCUUUCACGGACGAUCCCCACAUACGUUGGAGCUUCUCUUGAACGCUGAAUCUAGAACUCACACAUCUUCCAAGGCGUGCAUGUUAGGCAAUACACAAGGAGAAAUGCCUCUUCACUUUUGUACCAUGCGUGGUGAGCCGCCCCAGUCUGUCGCUCUCUUGGCAAAGGCAGCACCUUGUGGUACGUACACUGGUGUGUUCUCGCAAAGCAACGACCAAACCAAAUCAUAUCACUCACUUUGUGUUUAUUUGCUUGUAAUAGCAUUAAUAUCCUUCGCUACGCUUCUCCUCAGACAUCUCUGCAGAUGA